GCAAUUGGUUUGGGGUGGAAGUGUUCUUGUGUUUGUUUGAGCCUAUAUAUUUGCCUUUUGGGGUCUCCUUAAAAGGAACAAAACCUUCACAUUUCUCUCAUUCUCUUUGUUGAAUCACAAAAACCUUCUUCUCACAUUUUUCUUGAGAGAAGAAAAAAAAGUGAUUAACUUUGUAAGCUAUUCUGGCAUCAAACUCAGUCACCAACCAACCAUGUCUCUUGGGUAUGCUGAGAAACUUUCCUACAUAGAAGAUGUUGGCAACGUUGGAAUGACAGAACAUUUCGACCCAUCUCACGUUUUGCUUGAAAAAAUAGAGCAAUUAGCUAUCAUGAUUAAAAAGAGUAAGCAUCUAGUAGUGUUUACAGGUGCAGGAAUAUCAACUUCUUGUGGCAUACCUGAUUUUCGAGGUCCCAAGGGAAUUUGGACGCUUCAGCGUGAAGGUAAAGCCUUGCCUGAAGCAUCAUUACCAUUUCACCGUGCGGUGCCAAGCUUGACUCACAUGGCUCUGGUUGAAUUAGAAAAGGCUGGAAUUUUGAAGUUUGUUAUCAGCCAGAACGUUGAUGGUCUCCAUCUUCGAUCUGGAAUACCAAGGGAGAAACUUUCUGAACUGCACGGGAAUUCUUUCAUGGAAACUUGCCCUUCUUGUGGAACUGAGUACUUUCGUGAUUUUGAGGUAGAAACUAUUGGUUUAAAGGAGACAUCACGGCGCUGUUCAGAUGCAAAAUGUGGAACAAGACUUAAGGAUACAGUCCUUGACUGGGAGGAUGCACUGCCUCCAAAGGAGAUGAAUCCUGCUGAGAAGCACUGCAAACAGGCAGAUAUAGUGUUAUGCUUGGGGACAAGUCUGCAAAUAACUCCAGCAUGCAACUUGCCUCUUAAAGCACUUCGCGGCGGAGGUCAAGUUGUCAUUGUAAAUCUCCAGAAAACCCCAAAGGACAAAAAUGCCUCUUUAGUGAUACACGGGUUUUCCGAUAAGGUAAUUGCAGGUGUCAUGGAGCACCUUAAUAUGCAGAUUCCUCCUUUCAUCAGGAUUGACCUUUUCCAGAUUAUUGUAGUGCAUGCUUUGAGCAAUGAUGAAAAAUAUGUGAACUGGACUCUCCAAGUUGCAAGUACUCAUGCUCAAAAAGCAGCACUGCCUUUCAUCAAGUCUGUCGAGGUUUCCUUCUUGGACCAGGAAGGUUUCAAACCAGCCAUUCUGGAUAAGCAACCAUUUCGGCUUAAAAGGAGAACAGCAUAUACCAAAGCAUUUGAAAUGGUUCUAAACCUCAAUUUUGGUGAUGGCUGCGGUUGCUCGUCCCUUGAAGUUGAUGUCCCAAUUGAUUUUACGAGUUCAACUGACGGCUUCAACUUUGACAAGGAUGUCAUAUUCCAAAAGCUGAGAGACAAGGCAAUUGUUCAAUCAAAAUGUGGCCAGAAUGCUGUUAUCGAGAGAAGGACCAUCCUGACACCUAGAAGCGAGAUUACUACCUAUGCAGUUGUAACCAAUGUUGUUCAUUACAGCAAAGCAGUCCCUGAUUCUCUAACCAACGGUGAUCAUAAAAAGAGAAAAGAUAGCUUGACUGGUACAAGUUCGUCUAGGAAGCGUUCAAAAGUUUCUAAGGGUAAAUCCAUAUCAAAGAAGGUGUAGAUAAAUUAAUAGAUAGAAAGAUGUAGGUUUUGUAAGUAUGAUACAAAGAAUUAGAACUGACAGGAUCGACAAAAUGUAGAGACUGAGUGAAUUUUGUUAGAUGUUGCACUCAGUCUUCCCCUAAAUGGUGUUCUUGAUGCUGAAAAGCUUUUUGAUACACUAGUUACUGAAUAUGGUGUGUAAUCUUGGUGUGGCUUUUGUAAUGUUUCUUUGGGUAGUUUGAGAAAUGAUGAGUCUAUGGAGAGCUCAACAGGUGUAAAAAAUUGUAUCUAUGUACCUUAAUUCUACUUAGUUUAAUAUAUUUCUUGAAUCUUUUCAAAA